CCUAACCAUAAGCCGCGCGUCCGCGACCUCCAAAUCAGCCGCCGCCCGCCGCCAAUCUCUCUCACCCUCUCACUCUCUGCCUCACCCUCACGAGUCAUGCCGCCGGCGGCCGCCAGUGUUCCUGCCUGUGGGCGACUUGGCGCCGCCCGCCGCCCGCCGACCGGCGAGGGCCCCAGCCCGGCAGCCCCAGGCCAGCCGCCGGCCCAUCCCCAGUCCGGCCACCGCCCGUCCUUCAUCACCCUCAGGCGCGCCGCCGCCGCCGAGGAUGUCGCGAGCAGGAGGUCCUGCUGCUUCUGGUGGUGCCUCAUCGGCAUCCAAGCGUCGGCUCAUCCUAGGACCACCACUGCCGCCGGUGGUGGUGCACAGCGCCACUCUUCCUCCACCUUCGACAACAUGAUCUAAGAGGUCAAGCUCAUCAAAUGGAAGCCCAAGUCCUGUUCCCACUCAAGAUCCUGGUCUCUGUCUGUCCAGUGCAACUCCUACAUCUAGAUCUAGCCCAGGAACAGCAACUGAUGCAGCUUCCUUGCCAAGUGGGGGUGUUAGUGAUGCAGCUGAUGCAGGUUCUUGUGGCUCUUUGCCAAGUGGGGGUGCCAGUGGUGCUGCUGGUGUUGCUGGUAUGAGAUGUCAUUACAUAACAAAUUAUGGCAGAGGACAGGAAACUGAUAGCACCAACAUAUCAACCCUUUUUCAAGAGGAAGAUUGGAUUGGAUAGCUGCUGCCUAGUAUUGGGGAAAAAAUGAAAGCUCAUAAGCAGCAAUUAGCACCUGACACAGGAGCAAAUACCAAAUCUUGUUGCAAUAAAUUGCCAAGCCUGAAAGUUGGUGCUCAUCAACAAAUCACCAGGUGAUAUGUUGGCACUAUCAGUUUCCUAUCCUCUGCCAUAAUUUGUUAUGUAAUGACAUUCUAAUCAAACAUAGAUCAAAUUGAAGUAUGAAACUAAGUGCU